AUGGCAGACUGGUGGAGCCAAUUAGCACGUUUUGGUAUGAGAUCGGAUAUGCAGUUCACAGAGGCAAUUCGUUACCGAGAAACAAGACAGAUAACAAAAUGGACCAAGAUGGCAUGGUGGAACAACCAACUUCUAGGAUGUGGAAUGAAGCACUGUGGAAAAUAUUAUUUAGUUGUCUGCAUGUAUCGGCCAGGAGGUAAUGAUGUUGGUCGCAAUGUCUACCAUAUUGGAGCCGUGUGUUCUGACUGCCCAGAAACAUGUGUUGAUGGCCUCUGCAACUAG